CCGCACGCCCGCGCGCCCCUGUCGGAGCCCACCAGCACCGCCACUCACGACGCGCACCAACAAACUUUCGCAAAAGUUCCACUCAAUUCGAUGCUUGCGGAAACUGUGACUGAACUCUUUUUUCAGUUGUUUGGAUGAAACUUUAGAACUUUUAGCAGCUAAUUGAUGUGUCUAGGAGGUUGGUUGAGAACAGUAUAGUAGUACUUGUGAUGUGCGAUGGGUAGAGGCGAGGGCAGUAGCGGCGCGCGCGCAGGCUGGGCAUGCGCGCUGGUGCUGGGCUGGCUGGCCGCGGCCGGCGCCGACGUCGACACCUCCACCGGCCUCGGAGAUAACACCCUCACCAACUCAGUGGUGGAGGAGCCGGAGUUCACGGACGUGAUCCAGAACGUGACGGUGCCGGCGGGCCGCAGCGUCAAGCUCGCGUGCUCCGUCAAGAACCUCGGCUCUUACAAGGUGGCGUGGAUGCACUUCGAGCAGUCAGCCAUCCUGACGGUGCACAACCACGUGAUCACGCGCAACCCGCGCGUGUCGGUCACUCACGACAAACACCGCAGCUGGUUCCUGCACAUCACGGAUGUGCGCGAGGAGGACCGCGGCCGCUACAUGUGCCAGAUCAACACCGUCACCGCCAAGACGCAAUUCGGGUACCUGCAUGUUGUCGUGCCCCCCACGAUCGACGACUCCCUGAGCUCGAGCGACGUGAUCGUGCGCGAGGGCGCCAACGUGACGCUGACGUGCCGCGCCGGCGGCAGCCCCAAGCCCACCAUCAAGUGGAAGCGAGAUGACAAUUCCAAGAUAUCCAUCACGAAGGGACAUACUGUGUCGGAGUGGGAGGGCGAGGUGCUGGAGAUGGCGCGCAUCUCGCGGCUGGACAUGGGCGCGUACCUGUGCAUCGCCAGCAACGGCGUGCCGCCCACCGUGUCCAAGCGGGUCAAAGUCAGCGUCGACUUCCCGCCGAUGCUCUGGAUCCCGCACCAGCUGGUCGGGGCUCCUCUGUACUACAACGUGACCCUCGAGUGCUUCACGGAGGCGCACCCCACCUCGCUCAACUACUGGACGCGUGACGACGGGCACAUGAUCCAUGAGAGCCCUAAAUACCACAUGGAGAAUACAGUCGGCUCGCCCGCCUACAAGACGCAUAUGAAACUGUUAAUUAGACAUAUUGUCACGGAAGACUACGGGACUUAUAAAUGCGUGGCUAAGAAUCCCAGAGGAGAGUCUGAUGGGACGAUACGGUUGUACACGUCGUCGCCGCCCACCACCACGCCGGACCCGCACGCCGCCACGCCGCCGCCGCCCUCGCGCCCGCCCCGGCGAGACACACCGCACUCCGAUAAAGGCACCAAGUACCAGUCGACGCUGAACGAGAUCGAGAAGGGCAAGCAGAAGCCCGAGGAGGGCGGCGGCAAGACGCACCUCAACUGGGUCGGCGACCCUGAGCACGUCACCGGUGGCGGCGAGUGGAGGAGGUGUACUUGGCUACUGACUGUCACUAUCAUUCCUAGCUCGUGGCUAGUUACGUUACUAUAUUAAGCUGUAACUGUUUCAGAAAAAUUAUAGUUUUUAAAUUCAUAACCGCUCAUGGCCGAUUUUAUUCAUAUACAUUUAUAAAUUGUGCUAAUGAAAAGUAUAAUAUGUUAACUUAAAAAGCAAAUAAUCCAUGCUUUAAUAUUUAUUCUUUUGACUUGAUUACUGUGACUUUUUACGUAAACAUAGUUUUUUAUUUGCAUGAACUAGGUACUUAACCUGCUCGGUGCAGGCGAAAACUACUUCAUUUGUAUAGCUUCGGUGUGAAUAGACUUGCUUUUGAUUGACUAAUUAGCGCCCACGGCUCCGUGGGUAAAUACUGAAAAGUUAGUUGAAAAAGAACCUUAUAUCAAAAUAAUUUUGUACGGUAUCUUUCGAGUAUUAAACUGUUCACUUCUGUUUUUAUCUAAACGUACCUUUAAUUAAUAAAAUAUUUAUUUAACUGAAAAUAGAGAUAUUAAAUAUUUGAUAUAAAGUUUAAAUUUUAUACUGAAAAUGCUACCUUAUAAAACAGGAGUUCAGAAUAGAUCAAAUAACAAACAAAAACCAUAUUAAAUUGGUAGUGAUAGACACCUGUUCUAUA